AUGAUUGUCUGGGUCCAGCUCCCUGCGUUGAAAGUACAUUUCUAUCAUAAGGAGGUGUUGACAGUUCUCGGAAAUCUCAUUGGACGGACUAUUAAACUUGAUUACCAUACUCUAACGAGACAGCGUGCCAAGUUUGCUCGGCUGGCGGUAGAAGUGGAUCUCUCCAAGCCACUGGUCCCAAGGAUUUGGCUGGACGACGAAUGGCAGAGGGUCGAAUUCGAAAAUCUGCCCGUCGUCUGCUUCGAAUGUGGCAAAAUUGGCCACCCAACCGACUCCUGCCCGCUCCUGCAACCAACUAUGUCGCCGGCGACGCUACCACUUCUCGGCGGGACCUCAUCGGAAACUCGGCCGGCGCUAACAGAGGAGAACCCGGGAUACGGGCCGUGGAUGCUUGUUAGCCGCAAAUCCAGGCGCAAUCCCAGGGAUCAAAACAAGAAUGGUAAGCAGGAGUUGGAUAAUGGAAAGUUGGAAUCGGGCAAGGAUGGAAAGAACAAGAAAGUGGGGAACACAAAUAAGGAAGGAAAAACCACCCCCCUGUAUCUCGCAACCAGCAACGGGUCGCAAAUCCCCAGCCUCGGCUCACAAGAAAGGAAGGUCUCCAACGGUAAAAAGGGGAGCAGCGAAUCAAAUAAGGGGAAGGAAUUAAUGGGCUCUCAGGUAAACCAAAUAGAACAAGGCCUUCUCGGGCCGAGGCCCAACGCGAGGACUAAGAAGGGCCACGUUCAGAUGGAAACUCAAGAGGCCCAAGCGACCUCUGCCCAGAAUAACAGGAGCUUGAAUAAUAAGAGCACUAAGCUAUCGGGCCAAAACGAGGCCUCGGCCCAGAAAGAUAAUCCCCAGCCCAGUACCUCCCUUCCCCCUGUUCAUUCAGUCAUCGGCCCAAGCGGUACAGAGAUGCAGAUUAUUGCCUUUCAACCAGCCGGCGCGAUCUCCACCACGGGAAGCGGCGAUGCGAAUCCUUCCACUGCCUCCAGAACAAAGCGAAGCAAGAAUGCCAAAUCGAGAGGCCGGAAAGGAUCCCCUGCGAAGCUCAACCCGACUAGGACCCUCCAAAUUUGGUCCCCGGUUAAGGAGAAGAAAUCGAAGAACAAAGCUCGUUUGGCGGCACUGACGCUGCAGGACAUUAAUGAGUGGACUGAAGCUAGAGGACGGCUCACCACGGGUACCUCUGACCAAACCCCGAUGGCAGAGCCGAGUCAUCCUCAGCAAGAGGAAUCCGUGGAGAGGGAGAUGGCCACCUCUGCUUGCUGA